AGUUUUAUACAUUUCGAACUCUUCUAAAGCGUCCAUAACUUUGCCUUUGUUGCAAAAUGUAGAGGUAUUAAAUUUGUGUUAAAAUCAGUGUAGUUAUGGUUUUCAUUUACAAGAUGAAGAUGAGCUGCAAAAUUGGACUUGAGAUGAUUACUAGCUUUAAGCAAAUGUUCUUUAAAUCUCGUUUGAAAUGUCCUGCCUGUUUGCCCUGGACAAAAGUCCACCGCCCGACCAUCUCCCGUAUCACAGUCAUGACUUUAACCUACAACUGUGCGGUCGGACAUUGCAAGUUUUUGUCGGUAGGCCUAUCCGUAAUUGUUUGUAAAACGUGUUUAUUUAUUAUGUGUCCGUGUUAUGUAUUUAAACUCUUUGCAACCUUUUCGAAGUGAUAGAUGUGUUUCUUGUACAAGAUCUGAUGAUGAGGACCUAAGCUCCCCGAAACGCGUAUUCCGUAAGGACUAACAGGAUCACUCUGGCAACUCAGGAACCGAAUAAGGCAUUAGAUUUCAAGAACAUAGCAGUGCCAGCCCCAUUUGUACUCAGGCCUUUUGCUGGUAUCUACAAUCCAUUCCCUUACGGCUGCUCCAUUCUGUGUAACCAUCCAGCUGAUUGUGAAGCUAAAGAUGUGGUCAAAAGGGCUAAGGAGUCCUGGGCAGUGGAUGGUAAAGCCAUCACAAACGAGGGUGCGAGAACUACAGAGGACACGGAUGAUCUUGUGCCGGAAGAGUUGUUCCGUAGAUAUACAGAGACAGACUCCCGCCCCAUCACCCCCACCCCUACCUUGGCCAGUGUAAUGACUAGAGUGCCCCGUGGUCGUAGAUGUGUUACUCCUGACCCAGUACCCAGACCAUCGCAGGAGCGUACUCUACUUGUGCUGGAUCUACGCAGGAGUCACAGUCAGGAGACCUUGUCUUGUCAUGCGUCAGGACUGCCGACUACAAUUCUGCAGCCACCGACACGUUCGCCCACACCCAGCUCAGGUACAGGUAUGACAACAACUCGCAAACAGAACAAACCUCGCAACAGACUGUCACCAGACCAUCUCACCAGACCUGAGGAUGCCCUUGCUAAGCCUGCAAUGAUGAGUCUGCCUCCGCCUACAGUAGGAGAAGACGAGAGUCUACCUCGCAGGAGAGGACGAUUGAAGAAGAAGGGAAAGAAGUCAGGUCGAGACCUCUCUGCAGGGAUCGAGAAAGAAGUCAAGGGCUUUCCAGAACCUGGGGAAACACAGGUGUCAGCUUUUGGGAUAGACUCGCGGCUGGCUAGUGCCCGAGCCUCACUAACAAUGCAGGGGGGCGAGGGGGGCAGUGUGACUCCCCUGGAGGGGGACUGCGGUCCCUUGCACACUCCUGAGCCAUCCUACUUGGACUAUGACAUCCUCAAGCAGCUUCGCAGAGAGUUGGACCAGGAAGUCAUCGACAGUGAAUUUGAUGUCAAGAGGCGGAUUGCCUUACAGGAGGCUCUCAGAACGUUCCCAGCAGACAACAAACUACAACACAAUGAGGAGAUGAUCAAACUGCAGAAAGAGCUGAGACUACCUCCCGAGAACACAGAGUUGUGGCUCUCUCUGCCUCGGACAUUCUCCCGUCAGUCUGCUAGGUUUGAGCUUCCGCUAGACCGUCGGCAACUCAACACCAUGACACCACUGGAGUAUGUCCAAAGACACAUAAGUAUCACAAGCCACAGACGUCUGCUCUACAGCAGAGUGUUCAACAGACACAAGAAGCAGAUAGAUCUAGAAGAUACAGAGCAGGAAAACACUCACAGGACACUCUCUGGCAAGAAUAUGACAGUAGCCUUGGGUGAGAUGAUGGGUCGACCAUUCACAGAAGAAGAGGCUGUUUGGUUUCAAGAAAUAGUUGGCUGGAAAGAUGAGGACUGGAUAGAUUUCCGAACUUGGUGCGGCAUAUGUGCUUUGUGUGAAAGAAUAUUGGGUAUGUCCCAAGUUUUGCUCUCAACUCCCAUCCAGAGAAGCAGAUCCUCCAACAGGAGUAGAACAGGCAGACUUUGACUCUCUCAGUAGACGACUUGAGACUCUUAAUCCUGAUCAUAGACUCAAAACUAUCCUUAUUUCCAUAAAAACACUUUGAACCAUCUUACUUGAAUUCCCAUGUAAUUAUUAAUUUUGUACAAGUAAAAUUAUCAUUCCAAACUAGAGUUUACUCAAUAAUAAUGCUUAAAAUGUUAAGAAGCAUAUUUAGUUUGCAUUUUGAUCUUUGUAGCGGUUUUUCCAACGAGCGUCUCCUAUUGCUACUAAAGCCCCUUUCAAUGUUACUGUGCCACAAUCUCGUGAUCCCUUUUUAUGUUGCUGUUUAGCUGGUCGAUAUAUGGAACAUUUUAAGAUAUAGGCUACUUACAGUUUAAAGUGUUCAAGUGAACAAACAUUUUACAUCUAAAAAAUAAUAACAGUUCUGUUGAACAUUCAAUAAGAGACUGCAACAAUCUUAACAUUCAGAUAAUGGAGGCACAGGGUGAUUUUUAUUUUAAAACGCAAUUCAGGUUAAUAUAAAUGUAUAAUGUGUCUCACAGGACUUUUAGUUUGGGUUGUGUAAAAAAAACCUGUAUAAUAUUUAAAGGGUAAAAAAAAUAACUUGAUUUAGAGGGUGGGUCACAUUAGUAAAACAUAAACAGUGGAUCUUGGCUAUGUACACAAAAAAUCUUCACUAUACAAGAGAAUAAUUUACAUUCCAGGUUAAACAAUUGAUACAGAUGUCAGUCCUAUCCCUGUCUACUACCACUUAUAAGUCUUAACAAAGGGAUGUGUUGAUUCUGGAUUUUUCUUUUGAAGAGUUAAAUAGUCUUUGAGGUUAAAAAUAAAUUUAACAUAUGUAUUUUUUAUUUACAAUUGUAUUAACUUUAUUUGGCUCUGCCUUUGUCUUAUUAUAAAAAAUUUAAGUUUGUGAAAUUUUGUUUUUAUUUUGUUGUGUAAUAAAUGUAUUUAAUAACUUUUACUUGCAACUGU